AUGGCCGAAAUCCUAGCAGCAGCAUGGAGAGUCCGAAAGAAUAUUCAAGGCGGCCUGACCGAAGAAGGCAUCGACCUGAACCUCUCACUAGAAACAGUUCCUAAGCCGAUGCCAGGGAAAGGUCAAGUCCUCGUCCAGAUCCAUGCAGCAACCCUCAAUUAUCGGGAUCUACUAAUCUUGACAUCUGACCCCCGCUAUGCAAGUGGUAGCCCUAUGGAAGGUCUUGUACCCCUGAGCGAUGGCGCUGGUGUCGUUAUUGAGGUCAACUCCAAGUCGUCGCGAUGGAGGCCCGGUGACAAAGUCAUCAACGCAACCAACUCAACCUGGAAAGCUGGUCAGACUGCUGCAACUUUCAACAACAAAGUUGGCGGCGGAUCAGGCGACAUGGACGGAGUUUUGCAACAGUAUUCUGUGUUCGACGAAGACGCGCUUGCGCCGAUGCCAUCGAAUCUCAAUUUCGAAGAGGCCGCAUCCCUCAGUGGACCGUACGUCACCGCCUGGAAUACGCUCUUUGGGGGCCCUCAGUAUCUGAAGAAGGGAGACGUUGUGGUCAUUCAGGGCACCGGCGGUGUUAGUAUCGCAGUGCUUCAGAUUGCUGCUGCAGUUGGGGCGGUGACCAUUGCCUUCUCAACAUCAGAAGACAAACUUGAUCUCCUUCGCGAACUCGGGGCGACGCAUGUCUUCAAUUACAAAAACAAUCCCAAGUGGAGCAAAGAUGUCCUGAAAGUCACGGAAGGACGAGGAGCAGACCAUGUCAUUGAUGUCGUAGGAGCCGCGACCAUCGCCGAAUCCCUUCGUGCGCUUCGUCAAGAUGGUCUAGUCUCGGCCAUUGGCUUCCUGUCCGGCUCCGAAAAACAUGAUCUGAUACCCGAUCUUGUUUUUGGUGCGAAGACGAUCCGAGGCCUGAUGUUUGGGAGUCUGGGGAUGUUCCAGGAGAUGAGUGCGUUCGUCGAGAAGAACAACAUCAAGCCGCCGGUCGCUGAGGUGUUUGGAUGGAAAGAUGCGAAGAAGGCCUACAAAGCUUUGUUCAGGCAGGGCUUUGUAGGGAAGGUUGCGAUCAAGGUCGCCCAAGACUGA